CCUCUGGACUCCUGCGCCUCUGCUUUCCCGGGUCCCUCGCAAUCGGCGCCCCCGACGCGCUCAGAUCCCGGACCGCGAACCGAGAUCAAGAUUGUGAAAACCCUCUUCAGCUCCCACAAUGGGCAGCAAAACCUUGCCAGCGCCAGUGCCCAUUCACCCGUCCCUGCAGCUUACCAACUAUUCCUUCCUUCAGGCAGUGAAUGGCCUGCCCACGGUGCCCACCGACCACCUGCCCAACCUGUAUGGUUUCAGUGCGCUGCAUGCAGUGCACCUGCACCAGUGGACACUGGGCUACCCAGCUAUGCACUUGCCGCGGUCCUCUUUCUCCAAAGUGCCUGGCGCUGUAUCCAGCCUGGUGGACGCACGCUUCCAGCUGCCGGCCUUUCCCUGGUUCCCUCAUGUCAUCCACCCCAAGCCUGACAUCAGCGCUGGAGGCAGCGGCCCCGCGGUACUAAAGACCAAGCCGCGCUUUGAUUUCGCCAACCUAGCCUUGGCCGCCACUCAAGAAGACCCGUCCAAGCUUGGCAGAGGGGACGGCCCCAGCUCCCCCGCGGGCGGGCUGGGGGCCCUCCUGGACGUGACCAAGCUGUCUCCAGAAAAGAAACCCACGAGAGGACGCCUGCCUUCCAAGACCAAGAAGGAGUUCGUCUGCAAGUUCUGUGGCCGUCACUUCACCAAGUCCUACAACCUACUAAUUCACGAGCGCACGCACACUGAUGAGCGGCCUUACACCUGUGACAUCUGCCACAAAGCCUUCCGGAGACAAGACCACCUAAGGGAUCACAGAUAUAUCCACUCCAAAGAGAAGCCCUUCAAGUGUCAGGAAUGCGGCAAAGGAUUCUGUCAGUCCAGGACUCUCGCUGUCCACAAGACGCUACACUCACAGGUGAAGGAGCUCAAAACGUCCAAGAUCAAAUGCUAAAUCAAGAGGCCGCCCUGGGGGCAGGACCCUGAGGGUCUCCGCACCUUUCCCCAGAGAAGUCUGCGGCGGCUCUGGUACUCAGCAGGAGGGGUGGGGUGGGGGGUCUCCAAGCCUCCCCCCUUCCAAAACUAUGUCCCCUGGCUCCGAGCACUCCGGAGCCCGCCCCGGAGCCAGGACCCCCGCCGUCUGGGCGGCUCCCCAAGGACGUGGCUCAACUCUGGGCCAAAAGGCGUUGCUC